AUGCCAUCGCCUGAUGGGAGACUUCGAGUGUGUUUGGCCAUCUUGAUGGCUUGGAUUGCUGACUUGGAGGAGCAGCUGCUUAUUGCUGGGGUACAGAAUUUCGGGGAGAUGAUCAUUUUGGCGCUCAGAAACGUCUGUGCAAAAUUCCCUUCUGCUUCCGUCUAUGAGUUCAGACAAGAAGUCAAGAAGCUCAGGCUAGGACUAUCUGGUACAAUUGAGGACCCAUGCUGGGAAGGUCUUGGGGUAGACCCAUAUGUUUUCAUCAAACAGGAUAUCCUACAUGGGAUACACAAGUUUGUCUGGGACCAUCCCGGUGAAUGGCUCAAAAAGUUGCUUGGUGCUGACGAACUUGACUGA